AUGGCAAAAGUUACCUCUACAUGGAUGUUUUCAACUUCACAUUUUACCGUCAAUCAAAGAUAUUUCACACUCGCUCAUCCACUACGAGGUCACAAAAAUUUAUCAGAAAAAACAAAAACAAAUAUGAGACAAACAGUUGUGUUUAGUGUUGUGGUAUUGAUUGCCACUCUCUGUCUGACGGUUGGCUUUGUUCAUUCAAAGGCAAUUGACAGUUUCUCCCUGUUCAAACUCUUCACACCAGUCUAUGAGAAUUGUUACUCUCACGAUGGUGUCAAUGUAAAUAAGAAACACGUUACUUGGGGACGUACAGGUGAAUCACUUCCACGUUUAACUAAGGCUGCCUAUACUGAUGGUGUUAAAGAUCCACCACGUUUGACUUUGAGUGCUAGAGUUAUUUCUAAUGCUUUCAGUAAGCAAACUACCUGUGAUGAAUCUAAUGAUUUCAAUGAUAGUUCAAUGAUUUAUGCGUAUGGUCAAUUUGUGGAUCAUGAUAUUUCCAAUGAAGGAGCUGGUUUAAAGUUUACUGAAACUUUAAAUAUUGAAGUACCUCCUGGUGAUGUUUGGACAACUGCUCUUCCAUUCACCAGAGCUGUCUUUGCCUCUGACAAGCCAACUUAUGUUAAUGAGCCAGUCAAUCAAGUGAACUUUGUUACUGGUUAUAUGGAUUGUAGUCAAAUCUAUGGUUCUGAUGAGAUUCGUGCUGAUGCUCUUCGUGAAAAAGUUGGUGGUUUCUUAAAGGCUGAUGUCCAAUAUGGAAAGGAAUUUUUGCCAAAGAGUUUUGUUGAUCCAAAGAGUGGAUUAUUCUUCAUUGGAACGGUCAACAAUUCUGUAAUAGCUGGAGACAAUAGAGCAACUGAAGCCCUUCCAAUCUCAAUCAUGCAAACUUUAAUGUUGAGAGAGCAUAACAGAUUGGCAAAAUUAGUAGCUUCCAGAUUUGGAGUAUCUCAACAACAACUUUCAAACUCAAGAGCUGAUGAAUGGAUUUAUCAAACUGCUCGUACCAUUAACUGUGCUCAAAUCCAACACAUUACAUACAAUGAAUAUUUGCCAAGAAUUUUGGGUAAAUUCGCUCCAAAACCAAAAGACUUGUGUUAUGAUGAAGAAGUCAAGACAACUGUUACUACAGAAUUUGCCACUGCUGCUUUUAGAUUUGGCCACAGUACUGUUGGGUGUGAUAUGAAGAGAUUCACUGGUAAUGGUAGUGAACUAGCUCCAAUUGACUUUGGUAAUGCUUUCAAUGCUUAUCCAGUUUUAACUCAAUCUGCUGAAGAAUUGGAUAAUUUGUUGAGAGGUCUCAUCAAGCAUCACGCUCAAAACUUGGAUGAAAAGGUUGUUGAUGGUUUACGUCAAGUUAUCAGAGGUCGUUUGGAUCUUGUUGCCAGAAACAUUCAAAGAGGUAGAGAUGUUGGUCUUCCAGAUUACAAUACCAUUAGAACUACCCUCGGUUUCCCAGCUCUCAACGUUACUCAAAUCACAUCUCGUGCUGAUGUUCAAGCCAAGUUAAUCUCAUUCUGGGGUGUCAAUUUGGUUGGUUUGGAACCAUGGUUGGGAAUUCUCCUCGAACAAAAGGUUGAAAACUCUCAAUUGGGUGAAUUAGGUACUCACUUACUCAAGACUCAAUUUGAAAACUUUGUAAAGGGAGAUAACUGUUUCUACUCUCACAAUCCUCAAACAUGGGCUCGUUCCUUGUUCAAGAAGGAAAUUGAAAAGGUUACUCUUGCUGAUAUCAUUGAUGCUAAUACUGGUGUUAAGAAGGGUGAAAAGUCUAUGGGUACUUCUCCAUUCGUUGCCAAGUAUGGUCCAUUGGUUUAA